AUGUCGCGCAGCCGAGCUUGGAUACUGAUUGUUGCCAUCGCAAGCUUGGCCACCUCGCACCGCGCCGAGCGCACGCACGAGCCUCUCUAUGACGUGAGCGUCCACGUUGGCCCGGGCGAGCCCGUUUGCCUGGACGUGCCGCCGGCUCAGCCGACGGGCAGGCCGACCUGCGAGAAGUCUUUGCUGCUGCUGCCCGACAACUUCUUUGAUGACGCGAAGAUGUAUCCCAGGGAGCCGAACUUCGGCACCUUCUGUGGCUUCCACGACAAACACACAGCGCCGCUCUGCAACGGGCCUGUGCCUCCAGCCUGGUGCAGCAAGGCCUGGUGCUUUGUGACCAUGGCUUGCAUCAAGGAUGCCAGCAACAACCUGACGGAUGCUGCGGAGACACAUUUGGAGCAUGACUCUGCUUUCAAGCUUUAUGCAACCUACAUGAAUUGCGACUCGAGCAACGACCAGGUGCAUGCGCAGCACUUGUCCGAUUGGCGUUGA